UCUCCAUGAAUCAAACACACAGACACAGACCCUUCUUUCCCCAACUUCUCGUCCUUCUCUCUCCAAAAUUGGACUAAACAAAGUAGAAGCUCAAGGCAUGACGAGCCUAAGUUAUCAAGAAUCGAAGACGCUACUUUCGCUGUUGAAAGCCGCACAAAGGUCAAUAGACGCGAUCGUGACGGACUUUACCUCCAGAUUCCCAUCCCAUCGCCUUAUCCAUGUCUGUGAUGCACUCACCUUCCUCCUGCAGGACAAAAAGAUGUUAAAUUCUACUGAACGUUUGAUAGCUUUUGCCAUGCUUCAUCAGAGUUGUUCAACCCAGCAAUCUUCUGGAAACCCCUUCAUAUUUUUUAUUGUAAAUGCUGCAUGUGAUGAUGAAGCAGAAAAGUAUGAGAGGGCAUUUGUUCUACAGUUGUUGGGCUCUGUUGGCUCUAGCAGUAGCAAAGAGUUUCUUGAACAGCCGGCUGCUGGUUACAUUAAAGGUUUUGAUCCUUCAGGUCAUGCUUUCCCAAUCCGCGAACAGCUGCAGCAACAGUACAGUGAUAAAGUUUAUCCAGAGCUAUGUAAGGGUGUAUAUGGUACAGCCUCAGUCAAAAAUGUGGUGGCAGAUCCUGAUUUACCUUGCGGUUGUGAUGCAAAUUCACCAGAGUUUGAUUUGCUACCUGGAGCCAAGCCUAAAGUUGGAUCUGGAGAUAGGGACGAGACGCUAACUGGACUUUUGGCGAACCUGUCGUUGGACAGAUUAGGUCCUCAGCUGAUGAGGCCUCUUCCACCCAUGUUACAAAUACUGCGCGAAGACCUUGUGUGGCUCACCCCUGACAACAAUCACGAGCUUUCAUGGGAUCAUGGCAUGUGUGCUGAUACUAGCAGGGAAGCAGCAGUUAGGAAAUUAAUUGCAAAAGCUUUGAAGGGAUCUCUUGCACCUGCUCAACAAGAGAAAGUGUUGGUUGAGUUGUCAAAUGAUCCAAAAUUAGUCUAUCAUUGUGGACUUCCUCCAAAAAAACUACCGGAAUUGGUGGAGAACAAUCCCCUUAUUGCUGUUGAGUUUCUUACUAAGUUGAUCAAUUCACCUGAAAUUGCUGAGUAUUUUACAGUUCUUGUCAGUAUGGAAAUGAGUCUACACUCUAUGGAAGUUGUAAAUAGGCUCACAACAGCAGUUGAACUUCCUAAAGAAUUUGUGCGCCUGUAUAUAACAAAUUGUAUAUCAUCUUGCGAUAGCAACAAGGAUAAGUACAUGCAGAACAGACUCGUUCGACUUGUUUGUGUUUUCCUGCAGAGUCUAAUCCGAAAUAGGAUUAUUGAUGUUAAGGAUCUGUUCAUUGAAGUCCAAGCCUUUUGCAUAGAAUUUUCGCGAAUUAGGGAAGCAGCUGCAUUAUUUAGGCUUCUUAAGACCUUGGAAUGAAUGAUCUGUUCUGUUCCAUUUGGCCUCCUAUUUUAUCGUGUGGGAGACGUGUUGGAAACCUGGAUGUUACCAGCCAGCAUUAAUGCGGUAUGGGUGCAUGCAACAUUGAGUUUGUGAUUACUAGGAUAAAGACUAUUAUUGCUGUUCUCAUUACAUUAUAGUAGUAUGGUUUUACCUUUUUUUCAUUUAAUGAAUUAGUUAAAUUACAAUCUUGGGAAAUAUUUCCAAACUGUUGGGAAUCAAUUUACUAAUAGUGGGGAGUUAAAGUUAUAUGUUUCGGAUAGUUUUGGAAUGUAGAUGUGAGGAAUUCAAGAAAAGUUAAGAUGUGGCAUGGAG